AUGUCUGACUAUCCUAUAUCGUGUAUUUCAUGCCGUCGAAAGAAGAUCAAGUGUAAUAAGAAGAAACCAUGCAACCAGUGUGUGAAGAAGGGCGUGAUUUGUGAGUUCCCAAGCAAGUUCCGUAACAUCAACAUAUCAAAUGAACACGAUCACCACUCCCAUAUCCACGAUAUGAGCCCCGUGCGGUCUUCGUCCCAGCUGGACUCCAACUCUCCAUCGGAGGUUCAUCGCUUGCACGAUGAGGUGGAGUUGCUUAGAAAGGAGAAGCUAGCGGUGCUUCAUGAGAACUUUAAGUUGACCCAGAAGAACCACGAGUUGCGUUCGAAGCUCCAGACGCUCGAUAGAACUCAGAAUACUGAGCACGACGAUGAGCACGGUAUUGAAAUCGCCGGUGAAACCACCGAACUUGGUGAAAAGUACUAUGGACCUUCGUCUUCGAACUAUAUGAUCGAAGCGCUCCGACUGAAGAACACUAACGGCCAGAACGGCGAUUCUCCGCAAAAAUCUGAUUCCAGCAGCACGCCGUUCAACAAUGAAAGUCAUCCAGCAAAGAAGAAGCGCAACGGCUCUGAUUCAGAAAGUAUGGACGUUGAGGGCAACUCAGAUAUUGCUUUCUCCAAGAAACCUUUGCCAUGGUUGAUUGGAAAGGACGGCAAACAAGAAGAAAACCUCGAUGUCAUCAAGAGACUUAUAGAUCACUUCUUCGAGCAUAGUGCUUACAGAUCUUUCAUUUCAAAACCUGUCUUGAUAGAGUUUAUUAAUCUGUACGAUAAGAUCUCCGAUAAAGAGUGGGAGAAUGACGACGACUUGCUUCUAUUGCAUAUGGUUUUAAUAUUGCUGGUUCUGCGUCUUACGCCGAAGAACUACAACGAAAGCGGUCUUACGGAAGAACCUAUCGACUCUAUGGUCACUUUGCAUAAAAGAUGCUCCAACUUGGUGAAAAACGUGCUUUACCGUGGAUUCACCAAGUUACGUCAUAACCUUUUGAACGAGUCCAUCAUGACUGUCCAGGCUUACAUCUUGUGUACUGAGUGGUACUUUAUUGACCAGCGUUACGAGGAAUCUUGGUCCAUGUUAUUCCACUGCUGUGCAGUUGCAUACGCCAUCGGACUUCACGUCAUGGUGAACAUGAGAACAACGAACGACAGUCUAGAGGAAGCUCCUGUCAAGCUUGCUGAAAUGUCCCAAAAGAAAGAUUUGCGUGAUGAACCUGCCGACGGUGGAGUCAAGGUUGAAGAAAAAGACGAUGAUGUGUCCGAUGAGGAUGAAGCUGAUAGUGAUGUGCCAAGAUUCAAGGUCUGGUUUGCUUUGAAGUAUAUGUGUGGCCAGCUUUGCUCAGUUUUGGGUCGUCCAAACCCAAUCUCUAUCCAGGUCAAUUCGGUUGUCUUGUUCACUUCCAAUCAGCAGAAUCUCGCCAAGCUUCGCUUGGACUCCGAGAAGACACAGGUGCAGUUAAAGAUGGGCCUUAGUGAGUGUCUCCGUUUGUCUAACAUGAUGCUCAUUGAAAGUUUCAUGAUGAACUUUACUAUUUCUGAUGUCAUGCGUCUAGAUGCUAGAUUCAAGGAAGAAUGUGAGAAACUCACAUGGUUCGUCAGUCAAGAGUAUCAGACUCAGCAUCAAGGCCUGGCUGAGAAGGUUGAUGAAACAUGUCACAUGCCUAUGGCAGUUGAAAGAGAGCCAGCCGUGGUGGACUUGAUUAUUUUGCAUAUCAACAGGGCUAAGUUGCUUGAGCCAUUCAGCAACCAGUUCUUGGGUCCAGAGGAUAACAAGUAUCUCCUUGAAGCAAUGUGUGACUCGAUUCUGAGAUUCCUUGAUUACACAGUUGAGUUUUCCAAGGACUUUUUACUGAGAAUUACACCUCAUUUCAUCCACGAGAAUGGUAAAGCUUUGAGCAGGACCAAGCUUGGUAAAGUCUUCCGUAUUGACUACCCAUUCCUCAACUCAUUCAUGUACCAAGGUAUCAUCGUUAUAUUCACACUUCUUAAUUACAAGGCAAAGGAGUUCAUCCAAGGUGAUUCUGACACUUUCUUGAAGCAUAUUGAACAGAAGCUCAACGACCUUCUUCAGUUGUCCUCCCAGCUUACUGAUCAGUUGGGCGAGGAUGUGAGGUUGUGGUCGACCAACAUCUUGUACUUGAUCAACAAGGAUCUCCAGCAUAUCAACACUCUUAUUAAGAAGAGAGAUUAUCACCAUCAAGAUGAUUCUAACAAGGCACCAAACCUCGAAACUGACGACUUGGAUAAAAUUUUGGGCUUCUCAUUUAAGGAUCCAUUCUGGCUCAAUGCUGAGAAUAUUCCAUAUUAUCUCAGUAGUCCAUCUGACGAUGAAAUGGGCCCACUGAUGUUCGAGGAUCCAAGCUACAACAAAAACUUGCAGCCAAAUUCAAUGAGUCAAGAUGUGCUCAAUCAGUAUAACAUGCAAGGUCAAGAUCAGUUCCCGGCUGUAUGGAACCAAAAUCCUGAUGUGGCCCAGCAAGCUCCCCAGCCACAACAGAUGUCCCAAGGACCACACGUAUCCCAAAGAGACCCACAACUUCUGUCUCAAGUUCCAUCGCAUGUUCAAUUCGAAAACGUUCAACAACCCCUGCCCAUGAGAAGCAGAGAGUCUUCGCAGUUCCUGGUUCCAAGACAGAAUCAGUUCCCACAACAGCGCCAGAUGAAUCUGAAAAUGCCUCAGCAGCAGCAGCACCCCAUGUCUCAGAAUCAGCAUUCUAUGCCUCAAAACCAGCAUUCUAUGCCUCAGCAGCACAUGGGAGGCCAAAGCAUGCCCCCUCGCAAUAGCGACAUGAAUUCUAACAACAACAUCCAAGGCCCUCCUCAAGGCCAGGACUUACAGCAUAUGAAUGGUCAAUUGGCAACAAACAUGAACAACCAGGUUAAUGGCGCAGGUCAAAAAGGCGGUGUUCCUUACAACAACAUGAUGGGUGGCCAACAAGGUGGAAGACCUUCCCAGCUUCAGCCUGAAGAGGAUGAAGACAAAGAGGCUUCCGAGUUGGGUUACGCCCAGUCUGCCCAAAUGCCCAACGUGCCGCAAGGAUACUUCAAUCCGCCACAACCUGGUUUUCAAGGACCAAACUAA